GAGGCUGAGGUGAGCCACAGCUGUUCCAUGGGCCGUGAGCAGGGUUGGCAGAGGGGCUCAGUGAAACCCAACUCUGUGGCGCUUAGUGGCUGCUGCUCUCCCUGCCAGCAGUGGGUUUCCAGCUGCUCAUGUUAAGGCACCGGCUAUAUCCUGCCAGCACAUGGAGGAGGCAGGCAGUAGGAAACCUGCAGUGUAGCAGAGGACAGUGGAAUGGGGAGCCAGCCUGUGCCCUGCCAGGCUGUUCCUAGCCAGCCACUUGGCCCCAGAAUAGUCUGGGGAGGGCAGGACUGACUUCUGGGCUCCUGGCAUCUCUCCUGGUGCUGGUGGCACCCUGUGCUUUUUCUGAGGGCAAUAGGAUGCCCUUCUGCUCCUCUGUUGCGGGUGUCCAGUCCCAUCUCCACAUUAUCAGUGUCUGUAGCUGACAGCCUUAGGCUCCGUUGGCUUUGCUCCAUGCUUUUGAGAGGUCUGUGCAGCUUCCCCCACUCCCAGCCUGGGAGCUGCAUUCCUGCCUGACCGUGUCCCUCACAUCGGAGCUUUUUCCCUGUGCUGGUUUCAUGCUGCUUCUCUCAGGCUGCUGUGCAGUUCCCUGCUUGAGCACCAUGCUGGGAAGCUUUCUCCCAGCUUUCCAUAUGCAGGGGGAUCUGGGAAUGGGCACCUGGGCUGUGGGACUGGCUUCCCUUUAAGCAGGGAGGCACGGAGCUGUGGGCAUCUGCUACAGGAACAGAUGGCCUAUCCAAAUUGCCAAGGCUGGCCUGAACUGCUGCUGCUUUGUUGUUCUGCAAAAGGAGCUCUGAGAGAUAAGGAACUUUUUAACAUCCCUCUCAGUCUGGGUCACGGGCAAUGCUGAUGAAACCAAAAUAAAAUCUGUGUGAAUUGCUGCUGCCCCAUCCCCUGCUCUUGCCUGACCCUUGCGCUCUGAUGUUUGCUUGCCCUCUGCUCUUUAUUAAGGAUAAUUCACCUUCCCAGGCUGUCACUGUGGCUGCUUGGCUUUCAGCAUAGAAGCCAAACAGCAGCGGCUUCUUUAAAUCAGUGCUGCCCAAUUUCUUGAUAACCAGGAGGCAGAUUAUUUAGUGCAGUGGCAAAUAAACUUCAUAAUGUUAUGAUGGUGGAAAGUUGUCAAGGGAUAUGAAUGUGCAGCUCAGCCCAGAAACCUCCAAGGAGACAGCUUUAGUUUAAAUGAAGACAAAACUCUAUCUUUCAUGGAUUUUGGGAAGGAAAUCACAUUGUUGUAAUGGGAACAUUACCCUGAGCCUUAGGGCUGGCAAACUCUUGACUUUAUGAAGUAUAAGUGGAGAGGCUGAGCUAGCCUGGCAGGUAUGCUUUAAAGAAGGCCUGCGGCACAUUGAACCUGGCAGUGGGACUGGGCAGGGCGCAGUGCUCUGAACCCCUCCCUGCACUCCCAGCCUCGAGGUACUGCUUGGGAUCUGGGACAGAGGGAGCAAGGAAGGUGUGGGUCAUGUUGGGCACCAAAUGGCAGCAAAGGGGUUGUGGGACCGGAGCCUGGAGAGAGGCAGGAUGGAGCUGCCACCAGCAGGAGGUAGGAUUAUGACCAGAACUGUAUUAAAAAAAAAAAAAAAAGCCUCAGACCCCUGUGCUCCCAUCUCCUGUUCUUCCCAGCAAGCCUGACCUUGGGAACACUUGGUUGUGCAUCUUGUGAAGGGCCUGGCAGGAGGUGGGACAGCUGGUCCCUUUUGCCUUAUUUUGGUCAAGGCACGGACAAGUGCUGGGGACUGCACUCAAAUCGCUGUGUGGGCUUGGGUGUCUCCUUCAGUACUGCUUUGCUCUCUGGAUGAGCUUCCCAUGAGAAACUGCAAAGCUGCAGCAUUUCCUUUCUCCCACUUGCCUCUGAGCCCUGCACAAAGCAGCUGCAAGCAUCCUGUUGCUGCCUCCAUCCCUCCUGCUCUGGUUGUUUGGGGAAAAGAGAUUUUGCAACAGUUUCUAAUUAAAGUCAGUGAAGAUGCUUCCAGGCAGUUCCUUUUGUCCUCUGGGGACAAACUGUCAGUGUGGAGGGACAGGGGCUGCAGUAUGACAGAUGGGUGUCAUCAUCCCUUUGACAGGCUGGAAGGAAGCAGUAAGAGUCCUUCUUUAACCUGCGUGCUCAUGGCAUCCUCAGCUCCUGGAGGAGCACCCAGAAGGACUGAAAGUGGCAAGGGGUUAUAGUUAGCAGUGGCUGCUUGUAAAGCCUGGUCCCAUCCUUGGGUGUUUGGUGUGGUCAUCUGCCAUGGGCACUGGCAGUCAGAUAGGUGCUGACCCUGUGCCUCUCUCACCAAGUCCUUGCUGCCAGUUGGGUGCUGAGCUGUGCCGUGGAAUUCUUGUCCCCUGAAAGAGGGCACGUGAGUUUUCCCUCUGGCCAUUGUCUGCAGGGAUCCCAUUACCAUUCAUUGUAUGGAACGUGUCAGACCUUGCGGGUUCUUGGAUCAGGUCCCUGCGCUGGCACUGUUGCAAGGUGGCCUGUAUGUGUGCAGCAGAAGGCUGCGAGUUUUGCUUUUGUUUGGCCUCAUUCUCUGGACGAACGAUUGUGCUGGGUCUGUGCCCUGGUGCAGCCUUCUGGUCUGUGCUGCAGAGUGUCACACGCUGUCAUGGGGGCUUUGUGGCACACAGUCUCUGAGCUGAUAUUGCCGCCUUCAGGUGAUGGCACAACUGAAGGUGUUCUUGGCUAUGGCUACUGCUGCUAAAGGCUCUUGGUUUGGAUGGAUGUGUUUUUGGUCAUCUCAGUCCUACGAGUGGUGCAGCAUUACUCACACAUCAGCUGCAGUGAUGAAUCGGAAGGUAGAAGGGCUGACAGUGCUGGGAAACAUGAGCUGUUGUCCCCACUGUGACAGCUAUCAAUGGCUCAUACAGCCCACAGGCAGUCACUGCUUCUGUCCUGCUCCUUGCUGGUGGGGGUUGUCUGCACCCCCACUUCUGAGCUGGCUGAGAGCUGGUGUGCCUGUGCCUUGACUAUUCUCAGACCUUUCUGCCUUGGAGUCCACAUUCACACAGCUCUGCCCCUUGUGAAGCUUCUGCCUCUGGAUCAUGAUGUAGUACAGAUUACAGCUGGAGUGGAAAUUUUGGGUAGAAACCAUCUAUGCAGAGUUUGGGAACUUGCUCACCUCUCUGCAACCACAGCCCUGAGGGCUGCACCAUGUCUUGACCAGCGUGUUCCCUUCCCUGUCCGGCACAGGCACUUGCUCUGCAGCAUGCAAGCUGUGGAUGGGAAGCGAAGCUGCAUGGAGCUCAGGAGAUCUUGGCAUCACACACAGGUGCCUGCUAGUAACGCCUCUUCCCAGGAGUUGAGCUGUGCAAGUCACUGUCAUUGCCAGGGAGGACAGCUUGUAAACUGAGACAGGCUCUUGUGUGCAUGAUGGCAGCUCUGGUGCCAUAGCACCCACCCAGACACCGCAGCAAGUACUGCUUCGCAGACUCAGCCAGGACAGAUUCUCGUCAUGGAGAAGGGCAAAACAUGGGCUCAUUUCCCUCCUGUAGCUCCGUGCUUGGAAAAAAUGCUUUCCAAUCAACUAACUAGAGGCUUGCUGAAAGGUCUGCUGAUGGUUUUUUCAAGUCCAAACUUUCUCUAGGCUUUGAGGCUUGUUUGGCUGGCAUCCCUCUUCUUCUGGGCACUGGCAGGAGGACACCAUGGUGAGGGGGGGGGGAACAAUGGCACAGGCAAGAGGACCGAGCAGCAUGCUGCACUGUGUCCCCCUGUCUGAGGACACUGAGGGCAUGGUCAGCACAGUACUCAGAGAUCUGCCUGAGGCUGCUGGAGCAAAACGAAGUAAUGGAGCUGAAAUCAAGAAAUAUUCAUGAUGUGGGUAGAGCUUAGAGCUUAUGCCUUGAGGGACACUGUGUAGAAAUCAAUCUGUCUGGUUUUGUUUCUGUCACCACCAGGGGAGUGAUAGCUGCUGGGUGAUCAGGGUGCCCAUGUCAGCCGAUCCAUGAGUUCUCUGUCCAGUGAAGUUACAAGAUGCAAGUUUUCCCUCUUUGAUCUCUGCUCGGCUUUCCAAGGGUGUUUAUAUCCUGCUGCCGAGGUUAGCUCUGUCCUUAGAGCACAGGGCUGCAUUUUUCUCUGAGAGCCCCGGGGGUUCCUGCAGCACCUUCCUCUUCCCCCAGCUCUUCAGGGCAGCACACACUCCAGGAUACGUUCUUGCUUUGGCAAGGUCUCAGCCCACCAGCACCAGGCAGGGAGCACAAUAGGCUGAGGAGCUCUGAGGGGUCUGGCUCAAAAAAAUCCUACCAAAAGCUCCAAGUGCAGAUCGCAAGCUGACCCCUUCCUUAUUCACAGAAUGAGAUUGAAAUGAUAGUGUUGAGCUGCAUGCAAGUAGAGUUGAUGUCCUAGUGCGUGCAGAAGUAUUAUUUCCUUUUCCUUCUACCCUGCAGAUGCCAGGCUGCAACUAGCCCCUUGAGCUAACAGCCCAGUGAUGCAGCCUGCAGAGAAGCAACAUGCUGUUCUCUGUUGUGACUCAACUACCAAAAGUCUUUUCACAGAAGCGUGGAGGUCACAGAAAUGUCGAUAGUGUUAGGCCAAGGGCUGCCAGGACACAGCUCUCCUUCAGCAGUACCUGGUGCAUGGUGCUCUGAUGGUGCACAUCAGUGCUGGGCACUCCAUGCAGUCAGUCACUCCACACUGUCAGCAGCAGCUCUCAGUGCCUGCGCUGUACUCUUUCAGAUUGGAAUUCAGUUGCAAGCAAUAGGGAUAUCUUCAUCAUCAGAUCUGAGCUGCUGCCACGUGGUACUGUUAUAAGCUGUCAGAUUACCCAGCAGUAACCUUCACUGCUGAUGUCUGGAGCGUGAGUCCAUGUGCCUUUUUCUGACAGCUCUGGAGAUAAAAAAGACCAUAAUCAACCAGUAACCAAACGUAAAUGUCAAGCCAAGGGUGUUCUGGCAGGUUUCCUCAUGAGAAUGUGGUGUGAAAAGGAAGGAAGCUGUGUUAAGAGAUCUUCCUGCCCAAUGCAGCAACUCAGCAAGCACUGCACUAGCUUUGUGCUGGUGGAAUAUCUGGGACAGAAAGAACUACCUGUUGAGCUCACUCAGGAUAUAGGUGGACAAUUCUGUCUCUCCCAGCAGCUUAGCCUGGGCAAGCUUGCCACACUCAAGCAGUUCUCUCAUGUUGUCUUUUUUCAAAUACAUUUUAUUUGUUCAUGUAGUUUUUAACACCUGUUGGUGAUGAUGCAAUUCACUGCAGUAUCCCACUGAUGUUGGGGAGAAGGGACAGGAAUGGAGUGCUGCAGUGACAGGGACAGGCUGGAAGCUGGCUGGUCAGCAAGACAUGGUUAAGUCCUCUGGAAAAGCCUCAUGGUCCUCGGUGGUGUGAUGGCUACCCUGCUAGUCACUGGGCGGGGAUGAGUGUAUAUGCAUUACUCAUGAUGGAACUUGAGAAAUCCCUCCGAGGUGAUGGUACUUUGUUUUUGCUUUCAGUUCAGCAGGGCUCUAACUCCCCUAAUGCUGCUCUCUGAAUUGCACAUUCCACUGGAGAGCAUCACUAGAUGAGAGAGACUAGAGACUUCCUUGUAUAACCAGCUGGAGGCAAAACCAAACCUGACUUUUCUGUCCUCCACCUUUGUAGCAAUUGAAGAUUCAGAAUUUGCUUCUGCCAUGCUCUUUAGAGGCUUGAAACAAACUGGUCUGGAGAAUGGGAGUUCUGGUACUAGUCAGAGUCAGCCUCUUCUGCUCUGACCUUUGCAUGCCAAGCUGAGAGCACUGAAACUGCUGCUGCAGCAGCUUCCAUCUGUGGCCUAGUGCUUUUCACGGACAGCUGCAACGCCCUGGCAACACACUCAGCUUUGAGGGAAAGGUCAAGAGACCCGUUAAAGCUCUUUCCAAAACGAGAGGGAAGUUUUGAGCAGGACAGAUAGGAUGAUUUUCCUAGUUCUCCUCUGCUCCAACUUUCUCAGCCAGGCUCCACCAAAUGUGCUUGCCCUGCUUUGACUUGCCUGAUUGUUUUCCUUCUUUAGUGCUUAGUUUCCAUUUGCCACAAAUUCUGUGGGGCUGCUGCUGCUUGUGCUGAACGGUUACGGCUGCAACACCGGGAGAGCCAGCACCAGUGGGGAAAAUAGUGGUGGGGCAGAGAGCAGGGCUGGCCUCGCCAGGGCAGGAGCUCAUCCGUGAAGCAGUCUCAUGUGUGAUUCUGAGGGUGCUUUCCUCAGGCUAAGCUGUGAAAAUAAGCAUGGACUGCCUUAAGAAGAGCUUUGCUUUGAACUAGAGAAGCCCAGACGCUCCCAGUGGGUCCCAGAGGCUGGGCCCAGCCCUACCAUACAUACCAUACAGCCCUACCAUAGCACCCAGCUCUCUCAGCUCAGCUGCUCCAACUGUGCUCUGCAAACCUGGGGCCAUCCCCAGCCCCGCAGAUCUGUGGGCAGCCUAUUUAAUUCCUGCUUUCUGUGUCAACAGCCACCGUCGGGCACAAUGGAAACAUUUUUUAAGAGGCACUUUGGGAAGAAGGGGCUGCCGGGCCCACGGCAUGCCAGCGUGGUGGCUGUGCCCACGGGCAAGGCCCGACGCCGCUCCCAGGCCGGGCUGCCCUCUGCUUCACUGACCCAGCGCCGUCGUGGCUCAGGUGCCCCACUGCCAGCUCUCUCCUGUUUGCCCCUGACCCGCCGCCGCGGCCCCCGCCGCCGCUCCAGCACCACCCCACCGUGCCUCAGUCCCCGCUUCGCCGUGCAGCAGCGGCGCGGGGGCUGCCCUCCAGCCAUCGAUGCCACGCUGCUGGGGCCCUCUGUGCUGCUGGCCGGCCUCCUCCCCGCUGGGCGAGAGGGUGCCGGGGAUGCCUCCAGCUCCUGGCCUGCAGAAGAUGGCGACGGCAGGGUGGAUCGGGGCAGAUGGUGGGCCGAAGAGAGCUGGCUGGGCAUGCUGCCGCGGCUGCGGCCGCUGCAGGCCAGGCUGCUGACACGGGGCCCUCGAUGCUUGCGCCGCGCCUCCUCCCACCGCCUGCCCACCGACAGUGGCUGCAGCCGGGCUCCCCACGGCCUGCCGGGCCGCUACCGUCGCCUCAGCCAGCGCCGCCGCUCCAGCGAUGUCCUCUGGCCUGGGCUGCUGGCCACCACUCGCACGAGGUGGCUGGCCCAGCAGUGCGCAGGGGCUGCCUUCCCUGAGUGCUUGGAACCAGAACCAGCCUGCUGCCCCGACGGCUGGAGCCCCAGGCUGCUGAAAGCUAUUGCCAAGUCCAGCCUCCAGCACAUGGUAGCCCAGCCAAACCCCAUGCUAGCCCUGAGGAGCGAGUCAGAGAGGCAGAUACGCAGCACUGUGGACUGGAGCGAGACUGCAGUCUAUGGGGAGCACAUCUGGUUUGAGACCAAUGUCUCUGGGGAUUUCUGCUACGUUGGGGAGCAGAACUGCAUGGCCAAGCUGCUGCAAAAACCUCUCUCCAGGCGUAAGUGUGCAGCAUGCAAGAUCAUAGUGCAUACACCCUGCAUAGAACAGCUGGAGAAAAUAAAUUUCCGCUGCAAACCUUCCUUCAGGGAGUCGGGAUCACGGAACGUACGGGAGCCCAUAGUUGUCCGGCAUCACUGGGUGCAUCGGAGGCGACAGGAAGGGAAAUGCCGGCAGUGUGGCAAGGGUUUCCAGCAGAAGUUUGCCUUCCACAGUAAGGAGAUUGUAGCCAUCAGCUGUUCUUGGUGCAAGCAAGCGUAUCACAGCAAAGUGUCAUGUUUCAUGCUGCAACACAUCGAAGAGCCCUGCUCACUAGGAGCUCACGCUGCUGUUGUUGUUCCUCCCACCUGGAUUUUGCGGGUCCGACGGCCCCAGAAUCCAAUGAAAUCCAGUAAGAAAAAGAAGAGGACAUCAUUCAAGCGAAAAUCCAGCAAAAAGGGUGCUGAGGAAGGGAGGUGGAAACCUUUUGUCAUCAAGCCUAUGCCAGCUCCUCUCAUGAAGCCCUUGCUGGUGUUUGUGAACCCCAAGAGUGGUGGGAAUCAGGGAGCCAAGAUCAUCCAGUCCUUCAUGUGGUAUCUCAACCCACGGCAAGUUUUCGACCUCAGCCAGGGCGGUCCCAAGGAGGCGCUGGAGUUGUACCGCAAGGUCCACAACCUACGGAUCCUGGCAUGUGGGGGAGAUGGCACGGUGGGUUGGAUACUCUCCAUUCUGGACCAGCUGCGCCUCAAUCCACCUCCUCCUGUGGCCAUCCUUCCGCUGGGGACAGGCAAUGACUUGGCCAGGACACUGAACUGGGGUGGGGGUUACACAGAUGAGCCUCUGUCCAAGAUCUUGUCACAUGUGGAAGAUGGGAACAUUGUGCAGCUUGAUCGCUGGAACCUCCGUGUGGAAGCAAACCCUGAAGCAAACCCUGAGGAAAAGGAUGAGACAGCUGCUGACAAGCUUCCUUUGGAUGUCUUUAAUAACUACUUUAGCCUUGGUUUUGAUGCGCGGGUGACGCUGGAAUUUCAUGAAUCCCGAGAGGCCAAUCCAGAGAAGUUCAAUAGUCGGUUUCGGAAUAAAAUGUUCUAUGCUGGGACGGCUUUCUCCGACUUCCUCACAGGGAGCUCCAAAGAUUUAGCGAAGCACGUCAAGUUGGUUUGUGAUGGGGUGGACCUGACCCACAAGAUCCAGGACCUGAAGCCCCAGUGUUUGGUCUUCCUGAACAUCCCCAGAUACUGUGCAGGCACGAUGCCCUGGGGCAACCCUGGAGAGCACCAUGACUUCGAGCCGCAGCGCCAUGAUGAUGGCUGCAUUGAAGUCAUUGGCUUCACUAUGACUUCCCUGGCUGCAUUGCAGGUGGGUGGCCACGGGGAGAGGCUGUGUCAGUGCCGGCAGGUAGUUCUCACCACGUCGAAGGCCAUCCCCAUGCAGGUAGAUGGGGAGCCCUGCAAGCUGGCAGCUUCCUGCAUCCACAUCUCCCUGCGCAACCAAGCCAACAUGGUGCAGAAGACCAAGCGGCGCAACUCCAUGCCUCUGCUCAACGACCAGCAGCCAGUGCCUGAGCGGCUGCGAAUCCGAGUGAGCCGAAUCAGCAUGCGCGACUACGAGGCACUGCACUAUGACAAGGAAAAGCUGAAGGAAGCCUCUGUGCCGCUGGGGAUCAUCGUGGUUCCAGGGGACAGUGACCUGGAGUUGUGCCGGACCCAAAUUGAGAGGCUGCAGGAGGAAGGAGAUGGAGCCAAACCGAAGACACUGUCAUCCCAGAAACUGUCACCAAAAUGGUGCUUCCUGGACUCAACCACAGCAGAUCGAUUCUACAGGAUAGAUCGCGCUCAGGAGCACCUCAACUAUGUGACAGAGAUCUCUCAAGAUGAGCUCUAUGUGCUGGAUCCAGAGCUGGUGAUCACCCAGACCGUAGGCACAUCUCCUGCCAUGCCUGAUCUUGUCGACUCAUCUGCCACACCUCCUGGGCACCAUUUUGCUUUCCCUUCCUCUUCCUCCUCUCCACCCUGCUCUCCUGCCCCCAGUGCUGAUGCUGAGCUCUGCCUCCUGCACAAAGAUGACCUGAUAGAAGCUGCCAAGAGCGGUAACUUCAGCAAGUUCCAAGAGCUGCACCGGGCUGGAAGAGACCUGAUGGUGCGAGACUCCUCUGGCCGAACUGUCCUCCAUCACGCCGUCAUAUCAGGGAGCAAGGACAUCGUCAAAUACAUAAUUGAGAAUGCCCCUUCAGAAAUCCUCGAUGCCACAGAGGAGGAGAACGGUGAAACCAGCUUGCACCAGGCUGCAGCUCUACGCCACCGCACUAUCUGCCACUACAUUGUGGAGGCCGGAGCGUCACUCAUGAAGACUGACCUGCAGGGAGACACCCCUAAGCACAGGGCUGAGAAAGCCAAUGACCCCGACCUGGCUGCCUACCUCGAGAAUCGACAGCACUACCAGAUGAUCCAGCGGGAGGACCAGGAGACAGCUGUGUAGCGCUCAGCGUGCCUUAGCCCAACCAGCUUGGGCAGGACGAGCAGAGGGCGGCACCUGGCAGAGCUGUGAGUCUGGCCCAGCCCUCCUUAUGUGUCAGCCCAGUCGCUGGAGGAGAUGGAGACAGCAGGGCUGUGCCCCAGGUUGGGCUGAGACGCUGUUUAUGAGGACAGUGGGUAUUUGGGACUUGAAGCCCUGCUCUUUGUGUGUCCCCCUUUGCCUCUCAUCAACCAUGUUCCCCGCUCCAGAUGGGCUCCAUCCCAGAGCCCCACUGGGGCAGGCAGGGAUGUAGCAAUCUGUCACCCUCACACAGGGGAGCAGUGGUAGUGCCCCCAGCAGGUUCUUACCUAUGACCUGUGCAGGACACCAUUGCUCACCCCUCUGCCUGCUAGUGGUAACGCUCCAUUAGGCACUUCACCUUGUCCAGAAGAAGCACCAUGAUGUACUGCCUCCAAGUCCUGUUCUCUCUUGUUGGCCUGGGACUGUCCUUGGGCUCUGUGGCAGGAGAAAAGUUCCCUGUGUUAGAGAAUGUGUACCCACCCCUUCCUCAGAGCAUCUGGGACUGGCACAGCUGGAUGCGGGGCAGUUGCUUUCAGUGCUGGGCCUGUGCUGCUCUCAGGGAUCUCCCCGUGCUCCCAAACUAUGCGACCGCUGCAUAUGGCUUCUGCCAUCCCCACAAAUCAGACUCAGGGUCCUGCAGGGAAUCCUUGGAGGUCCCCCAGCCCAGGCACAAGCUCCCUGGGCAGGCUGCCAGCAGGCUGCCAGCACACCUCCACAGGUUUUAGCAGAAAGAGGGAUUUGGAUGCAUAGGAAGCAUCAGGAUCCCCAGCCCCGAGUCAUGCAUGUGACAGGAUGGCAUUUGGGGCACCAUCUGCCACGGGACACGAGGCACCGUCUGCCCUGCAGAGGCCGUGAGUGCUGAGGUAGCACAGCAGCCCUCAUGCAUGCACUUUUUGCAGAGCAGCAGUCCCUGGCUGCAGGGUGCCGGCAGAGGGGGAGGGCAGACGACUGUUGGCAUUGGUGCAUUCAAGCGGGAGGUGUGUGCAAAGCGGGUCUGGGUUGCAGCGUACAGGUGGGGUCCCAGGAGAAGAGGCCGGGGCAUCCCCAGUGUGCACUUGCACCUGACUGUGGCUGUGCUGGGUGACACUGCUCACAUCCCCACAAAUACUGAAGAAAAAAACAUAUCAUGACACCACAGAGAACCACAAUGCUGAUCAGGCUUUAGGUUGGGGCAGAGUUACCUUUGAGGCUAUGGGGCAGCCGGACCAGAGCAGCACGAGGCUGGUGCUGGGGUUCACUGAUUAAUAUCAUCGCUGUUCCGAUGGCGAUGCUCCAGCAGCACCAGGAGUUCCCAUCAGCGCUGCUCACUCGUGGACAAACGCUGUCAUGUUCCCAAAGGUGCAGACUGCUGCCCCAGCUAGGGUCCAGCUCCCCCUUCUCCCCAGUUUGUACAUCCCCGUUUUUGUACAGGUAGUUCAGAGACACACUGUCCCCCUCCCCGCCAGGCCCCACACGUGAGCUGAGUUGCUGUGCAAUUCUGAGCCUGGCUGCUGUGUAGGCAGAGGCGGAGGGGUGUUGGUAGCCCUGCCCGCAUGGGGCAGGGGUUCUGUGCAAUACCCAGUUCGGUGUUCCCAGACGCUGUGGUAGGACUGUAUUUUUGUAACUCUGUGAGUGCCCGCUCUAGCAGGCCCGGGGCCUGGCGUGAGCCCGCGCUCCCAUCGCUUUUUGACUUUUGACUGUUUGGAUGUUGUUGUUUCUUGCUAUUGAAAUAAAAAAAAAAGUGGAUGUUUUAA